GAAUCUGAUCCAGAGGACUUUUCAGAUGAAACACAUACAGAAAAUCUUUAUGGCACCUCUCCCCCCAGCACACCUCGGCAGAUGAAACGCAUGUCAACCAAACACCAGAGGAAUAAUGUAGGGAGGAUGGCCAGUCGGUCCAACUUGAAAGAAAAAAUGAAUGCACCAAAUCAGCCUCCACAUAAAGACACUGGAAAAACAGUGGAGAAUGUGGAAGAAUACAGCUAUAAACAGGAGAAAAAAAUCCGAGCAACUCUUAGAACAACGGAGCGUGAUCAUAAAAAAAAUGUACAGUGCUCAUUCAUGUUAGACUCAGUGGGUGGGUCUUUGCCAAAAAAAUCAAUUCCAGAUGUGGAUCUCAAUAAGCCUUACCUCAGCCUUGGCUGUAGCAAUGCUAAGCUUCCGGUAUCUGUGCCCAUGCCUAUAGCCAGAACUGCACGCCAGACUUCUAGGACUGACUGUCCAGCAGAUCGUUUAAAGUUUUUUGAAACAUUACGACUUUUGCUAAAGCUUACCUCAGUCUCAAAGAAGAAGGACAGGGAGCAAAGAGGUCAAGAAAAUACAUCUGCUUUCUGGUUUAACCGAUCUAAUGAACUGAUCUGGUUAGAGCUACAAGCCUGGCAUGCAGGACGGACCAUUAAUGACCAGGACCUCUUUUUAUAUACAGCCCGUCAAGCCAUCCCAGAUAUUAUCAAUGAAAUCCUUACUUUCAAAGUUAAUUAUGGGAGUUUUGCCUUUGUUAGAAAUGGAGCUAGUUUUAAUGGUACUUCAGUAGAAGGGCAGUGCAGAGCCCUUCAGGGAACAAAGAUUGUGGGUUAUUCAACAUAUCAUGAGCAUCUCCAACGCCAGAGGGUUUCAUUUGAACAGGUAAAACGGAUAAUGGAGCUGCUAGAGUACAUAGAAGCACUUUAUCCAUCGCUGCAGGCUCUUCAAAAGGACUAUGAAAAGUAUGCUGCAAAAGACUUCCAGGACAGGGUGCAGGCACUCUGUUUGUGGUUAAACAUCACAAAAGACUUAAAUCAGAAAUUAAGGAUUAUGGGCACUGUUUUGGGCAUCAAGAAUUUAUCAGACAUUGGCUGGCCAGUGUUUGAAAUACCUUCCCCUCGACCAUCCAAAGGUAAUGAGCUGGAAGAUGAGGAUGAGGGUGAUGACACAGAAGGAGAGUUGAAGGAGUUGGAAAGUAGUACGGAUGAAAGUGAAGAAGAACAAAUCUCUGAUCCAAGGGUACAGGAAAUCACACAGCCCAUAGACACCGGUUUUGAUGUCCAAUUGCAGGACUACAUACCCAAGAAGCUUGAGAGGAUUGAAUCUGAGGAUGAUUCUGUUGGCUGGGGAGCACCAGACUGCAGCACAGAAGCAGGCUUUAGUAGACAUUGUCUGACUUCUAUUUAUAGACCAUUUGUAGACAAAGCACUGAAGCAAAUGGGGUUAAGAAAGUUAAUUUUAAGACUUCACAAGCUAAUGGAUGGUUCCUUGCAAAGGGCACGUAUAGCACUGGUAAAGAGUGAUCGUCCAGUGGAGUUUUCUGAAUUUGCAGAUCCCAUGUGGGGUUCAGAUUAUGUGCAGUUGUCAAAGACACCACCUUCCUCUGAGCAGAAAUGCAGCACUGUGUCAUGGGAAGAGCUGAAGGCCAUGGAUUUACCCUCAUUCGAACCUGCCUUCUUAGUCCUCUGUCGAGUCCUUCUGAAUGUUAUACAUGAGUGUCUGAAAUUAAGAUUGGAGCAGAGACCUGCUGGAGAACCAUCUCUCUUGAGUAUUAAGCAGCUGGUGAGAGAGUGUAAAGAGGUCCUGAAGGGCGGCCUUUUGAUGAAACAGUACUACCAGUACAUGCUGCAGGAGGUUCUUGAUGACCUGGAGAAGCCCGACUGCAACAUUGAUGCUUUUGAAGAGGACCUGCAUAAAAUGUUGAUGGUAUAUUUUGAUUACAUGAGAAGCUGGAUCCAAAUGCUACAGCAAUUACCUCAAGCAUCUCACAGUCUAAAAAAUCUGUUAGAAGAAGAAUGGAAUUUCACCAAAGAAAUAACUCAUUACAUACGGGGAGGAGAAGCACAGGCUGGAAAACUUUUCUGUGACAUUGCGGGAAUGCUGCUGAAAUCUACGGGAGGUUUUUUAGAAUUUGGCUUACAGGAGAGCUGUGCUGAAUUUUGGACCAGUGCUGAUGACAACAGUGCUUCAGAUGAAAUACGGAGAUCUGUUAUAGAGAUCAGCCGAGCACUGAAGGAGCUCUUUCACGAAGCCAGAGAAAGAGCCUCGAAAGCACUAGGAUUUGCUAAAAUGUUAAGAAAGGACCUGGAAAUAGCAGCAGAAUUCAUACUUUCAGCCCCAGUUAGAGACCUCCUGGAUGUUCUGAAAUCAAAACAGUAUGUUAAGAUACAAAUUCCUGGAUUAGAAAACCUGCAAGUGUUUGUUCCAGACACUCUUGCUAAGGAGAAGAGUAUUAUUUUGCAGUUACUCAAUGCAGCCGCAGGAAAGGACUGUUCAAAAGAGUCAGAUGAUGUGCUCAUUGAUGCCUAUCUACUUCUAACCAAGCAUAGUGAUCGAGCCUGUGAUUCAGAUGACAGCUGGGUCGCAUGGGAAGCACAACCUGUCAAAAUUGUGCCUCAGGUGGAGACUGUUGAUACCCUGAGAAGCAUGCAGAUACAAAUUCCUGGAUUAGAAAACCUGCAAGUGUUUGUUCCAGACACUCUUGCUAAGGAGAAGAGUAUUAUUUUGCAGUUACUCAAUGCAGCCGCAGGAAAGGACUGUUCAAAAGAGUCAGAUGAUGUGCUCAUUGAUGCCUAUCUACUUCUAACCAAGCAUAGUGAUCGAGCCUGUGAUUCAGAUGACAGCUGGGUCGCAUGGGAAGCACAACCUGUCAAAAUUGUGCCUCAGGUGGAGACUGUUGAUACCCUGAGAAGCAUGCAGAAUGAUGCACUAGAGCUAUGCAACAGAAUAAGCAAUGCCAUUGACCGAGUGGACCACAUGUUCACAUCAGAAUUUGAUGUUGAAGUUGAUGAAUCUGAAUCUGUCACAUUGCAGCAGUACUACCGAGAAGCAAUGAUUCAGGGGUACAAUUUUGGGUUCGAGUAUCAUAAAGAAGUUGUUCGUUUGAUGUCUGGAGAGUUUAGACAGAAGAUAGGAGACAAAUACAUAAGCUUUGCCCGGAAAUGGAUGAAUUAUGUCCUGACUAAAUGUGAGAGUGGUAGAGGUACACGACCCAGAUGGGCAACUCAAGGAUUUGAUUUUCUGCAAGCCAUUGAACCUGCCUUUAUUUCAGCUUUACCUGAAGAUGACUUCUUGAGUUUGCAAGCCCUGAUGAACGAGUGCAUUGGCCACGUCAUAGGAAAGCCGCACAGUCCUGUUACAGGUUUGUACCUUGCUAUUCAUCGGAACAGCCCCCGUCCUGUGAAGGUGCCUCGAUGCCAUAGUGACCCUCCUAACCCACAUCUAAUUAUCCCAACUCCAGAGGGAUUCAGCACUCGGAGCGUGCCCUCGGACGUGCGGAACCACGGCAGCUCUGCUGCUGCUACUGUUGCUGCUGCCGCUGCUGGUCGCCCCAGCCCCUCUGGCGGUGACUCUGCACCACCCAAACCCAUCAGCAGUGCCCAUGAUACCAGGGGUUCCAGCGUCCCUGAAAAUGAUCGAUUGGCUUCCAUAGCUGCUGAAUUGCAGUUCAGGUCCCUGAGUCGUCAUUCCAGCCCCACAGAGGAGCGAGACGAACCAGCAUAUCCAAGAGGUGAUUCAAGCUUGUCAACUCGAAGAAGUUGGGAACUUCGGACACUUAUCAGCCAGACUAAAGAUACUGCUUCUAAACAAGGACCCAUCGAAGCCAUCCAGAAGUCAGUCCGAUUGUUUGAAGAAAAGAGGUAUCGAGAAAUGAGGAGAAAGAAUAUCAUUGGUCAAGUCUGUGAUACCCCUAAAUCCUACGACAAUGUUAUGCACGUUGGCUUGAGGAAGGUGACUUUCAAGUGGCAAAGAGGAAAUAAAAUUGGAGAAGGACAGUAUGGGAAGGUGUACACCUGUAUCAGCGUUGACACCGGGGAGCUGAUGGCUAUGAAGGAGAUUCGAUUUCAGCCUAAUGACCACAAAACUAUCAAGGAAACUGCAGAUGAAUUGAAAAUAUUUGAAGGCAUCAAACACCCCAAUCUGGUUCGGUAUUUUGGUGUGGAGCUUCACAGAGAAGAAAUGUACAUCUUCAUGGAGUACUGUGAUGAGGGCACGUUAGAAGAGGUGUCAAGGCUGGGACUUCAGGAACAUGUCAUUAGGCUGUAUUCAAAGCAGAUCACCAUUGCGAUCAAUGUCCUCCAUGAGCAUGGCAUAGUUCACCGUGACAUAAAAGGCGCCAAUAUCUUCCUUACCUCAUCUGGACUAAUCAAACUGGGAGAUUUUGGAUGCUCAGUAAAGCUUAAAAACAAUGCCCAGACCAUGCCGGGUGAAGUGAAUAGCACACUGGGGACGGCAGCAUACAUGGCGCCUGAAGUUAUCACUCGUGCUAAAGGAGAAGGCCAUGGGCGUGCAGCCGACAUCUGGAGUCUAGGGUGUGUUGUCAUAGAGAUGGUGACUGGCAAGAGGCCUUGGCAUGAGUAUGAACACAACUUCCAGAUUAUGUAUAAAGUGGGAAUGGGACAUAAGCCACCAAUCCCUGAAAGAUUAAGCCCUGAAGGAAAGGACUUCCUUUCUCACUGCCUUGAAAGUGACCCAAAGAUGAGAUGGACAGCCAGCCAGCUCCUCGACCAUUCGUUUGUCAAGGUUUGCACAGAUGAAGAAUGAAGCUGAUCAGUCUGUGGCCUGGUAGUGUACGGACUUGGAAAAUUCCCUUACUCACUACUGUAUGUAAUAUUUACACGAAGACUGUGCUGAGAAGCAGUAUAAGCCUUUUUAACCUUCCAAAACUGAAGACUGCACAGGUGACAAGCGUCACUUCUACUGCUGCUCCUGUUUGUCUGACGUGGCACAGGGCCCUCCUGUGUGGUGGAGUCCACGAGGUUAAAGAAGCUGCAUGUGAAGUGCCAUUACUACUGUACGCGGGCCAUCGCCUCCGCCGCCUCAUUUCUUGCGUGACCGAGAACCGUGACAUCAGUGUAGUGCUUUUGACCUUUCUAGGUUCAGAAGAAGUAGUGUUAGCAGGCGUUCCAGACCUUGUUUUUAAUCUCCUGUUUGUCGAGUGCACUGACUGUGAAACCUUACCUUUUUGUUGUUGGCAAGCUGCAGGUUUGUUAUGCAAAAGGCUGACUAAUGAAUUAUAAGAAAAAGGUUCUUUUUCAAUAAAUGGUUUAUUUUAGGAAAGCUCAGUUACAUUGUCUUUUAAUGGUUAACAGCUCGUGAGUCAAUGCAGUAAGUGGUACAGAAGCCUGUUAUUUUCACGCGUGUGUUUCUCAACAGAAGGAACUAAAGCUGUGUCCUAAAGAUGGGCACUGGAUGAGGUGUUCCUUUAGGAUCUCGAAUCUCCUCACUGUAAAGUGAAGGAAAUAAAGGAAACAACACUAAUGAUGUAAGAUAUCCCUUUUUAAUUAUUUUGUGUUAACCAGCAAAUUUAUAACAGAUAAAAGUUUAAGCCUUGUUAUCACAUGUUGGAGGCUCAGUUUAUUUUUAAACCAAGUUGUAUAGGUGCUAGGUCAAUGUAAAUACUGCUGAAUGAUCUCUUGAUAAGCAGAUUUUUCAGAAUGUAAACAUUUCAGCAGUCAGCUUUCUAAAAUAGCCCAAAUUAUGUCACUGAUGGUGUUCUUUUUAUUUCUUUUUGCUAUUAAAUUUUUUUAAAAGAUUGA